AUGCUUAUGGUCAGACAAAUACCUUUCGUUCGUGCCCCAGAAUCCCUACCGUCAGCGCCUGUGAGAACGGUCAUGGAUGCUAGGGGUCGUCCUCAACAGACCUCGCAGUCAGAAUUUAAAAGAGCCCAGCUGGAGACGUUUCAGUCACUCUCUAGCUGCAGGGCCUUCUUCAGUAGGCCGGUACACUUAGAUUUAUACAGCGACCCUCCAGAAGAUGCCAACUUCAAAACCUUUGAUGCCUUCUCCAGCGUCGCCCGCUUUAUGAUGCUGGAGUUGAAGACGCAGGAAUCAGACUUAUAUGAUAUUCCUUAUCACAAAACCACAGCAUUCUUUACCCCAGACCAGAGGAAUGACGAUCAUCUCCGUUUGCUGGCGCGCAUGCCCAACCUUGAAGAGUUGAGCCUCAACGGCACAUCCAGAUCCUCCCAGGCGAUGACACCUGCGACUGUUAUCUCCUUGCAAAUGCUGUCGUCUUCGAACGUUGUGAGGCGUCCGAGCCUGAAAGCGUUGUCAAUCAUUCUGGAUCCUAAAAUGUCUCCAGUCUUCCCCGAUAAUUUUCUUCACGCCGAAACAAUAAUGUUCUUGAACCUCGGGUUCGCGUUCCGUGCUCCGGAGGAUACCGAAUCACUUGAAACCUUUCUUCGAAGGUUACCCAAAGUCACCGCACUCAAAAUCAUGUCACGCAAUAUCCCUGCUUCGUUCUUUCGACAGGCUCCUUGUAUCAGCCGAUAA